UGGCCUGAGGAGACGGGACAGGCGGGCCGUCGACAUGGAGACGCUCUACCGGGUUCCGUUCGCGGUGCUGGAGUGCCCCAACAUCAAGCUGAAGAAGCCGAGCUGGGUGCACAUGCCCUCGGCCAUGACGGUCUACGCGCUGGUGGUGGUGUCGUACUUCCUCAUCACGGGCGGAAUCAUUUAUGAUGUGAUUGUAGAACCUCCCAGUGUUGGCUCAAUGACAGAUGAACAUGGGCACCAGAGGCCUGUGGCCUUCUUGGCUUACAGAGUAAAUGGACAGUACAUUAUGGAAGGGCUCGCUUCCAGCUUCCUCUUCACAAUGGGAGGCCUUGGCUUUAUAAUAUUGGACCGUUCUAAUGCACCAAAUAUCCCAAAGCUGAACAGAUUUCUGCUGCUUUUUAUUGGAUUUGUCAGUGUCCUGUUGAGUUUCUUUAUGGCCAGAGUAUUCAUGAGGAUGAAAUUACCGGGCUACUUAAUGGGUUAGUGCCUUAUUGUGGAGUGUCGCAAAGCAGAAAUCGGAUUUUCUUCUCUUCGUGAAGAGGAAUGAAUAGCAAAAAUUCCACAGCCCCACCCCUCCUGUCCAGAGAGACAAGAAAAAGAGAAUGAACUAAGGAAAGGGCUGCUUUCUCCUUUUCUUCUUGUAUAAAGAGCAACACUUGUUACGGGCGGUUAGUUUAUUAACAGAUUUGUGUCUAUUUUUAUGACUGUUUAAAAAAAGGCCUAAUUGUAUUGAACCUUAAAUGUAAAACCUCUGUCCUUCAAUCCUGUUCCUCUCCGCACCCCUAAGGCUUCAAGCCAAAAGUAAUACUUUUAUUCAUGUACCACCAUGGCUUGUUCUUGCUCCUUUUGAGAGAAUUCGUUUUGUAAAUGGGGGUGGGGGUUAGAGGAAUAUAAAUUGAUCGUUUUCAUGAAUGCAAAUUGACAGAUGUGUUUGUCAGUGAUGCAUGACUGCCAUAUACCACAUGUCCCUGAUACAGCAGCCUGCGAUGGCAGAAAAAAAUGUUGUGCCUGUCUCUGGGUUAGGCAGUCCAAGCUGACAGAGCUUAUCACAUAUUGAGAAGCUGUGAGAUGUCGAAUAGUUGUAGGGUUGUGGAGGCUCCCAGUUGAGCUUUUGCUUCCUUAACCUCACCCUUGCCUAACAGGUGGUUGGUGUUGGAAAACAUUUUGCAUAGUGUGCAGGAGGGGCAGGGGUUGCUCUUGUGUAACUUUGAAUAUUGGGUACCGACUUCCACUUUCCACACCAGGCUCCUGCAGCAGAGCUCACCUGCUUUGCACAUGCAGUAUCUUCUCAGUUGGGGUGUGUGUUCUAUCAGAGCAGUGUUUCGGGCAAUGUUUACUUUGAUAUUCAUUCUAACGCAGCAAGAGAAUACAUGUGUGAAGGAAAAAUCCAUUAUUGUGUGAAUGUAGUUCUUCCUCUUCAUAAAAGAUAAGAAAUACAUAUUAAACAUCUUUUCUACUAAA